CUUCCUUGUUUCCACCCGGCGGCAGCCAGGGGGUGGCAGAGUGAAGGGCAGAGCCAACCACCAUGGCGACACACCUCUCCCACCCCCAGCGGCGCCCUCCACUCUUGCGCCAGGCCAUCAAGAUAAGGCGCCGCAGGGUCAGAGACCUGCAGGAUCCACCACCCCGAGCCGCCCGGGAGGUCCAGGUUCAGUCCCACCAUUUCUCCCCAGAGGAGCGGGACCUGCUGUACGAGGAAGCCCUCUAUACUGUCCUGCACCGCCUGGGUCAGCCAGAGCCCAGCCAUGUGAAGGAGGCCUCGGAACUGCUGAGCUAUCUGCGGGAGGCUUUCCAGGUGCAGCCUGAGGAGCACCAGCAGAUGCUGCAGCGGGUCAGGGAGCUCGAGAAGCCAGUAUUUUGCCUGAAGGCCACAGUGAAACAGGCCCAGGGUAUUCUGGGGAAGGAUGUCAGCGGGUUCAGCGACCCCUACUGCCUGCUGGGCAUCGAGCAGAAGGUUGGUGUACCAGAGGGCAGCCCUGUGUCCCGACGUCGGCAGAAGGCAGUGGUGAGACACACCAUCCCUGAAGAGGAGACCCAUCGCACCCAAGUCAAGAGCCAGACACUUAACCCCGUCUGGGAUGAGACCUUUAUCUUGGAGUUUGAGGACAUAGCCAAUGCAAGCUUUCACCUGGACAUGUGGGACCUGGACACUGUGGAGUCUGUCAGGCAGAAGCUCGGGGAGCUCACGGACCUGCACGGGCUCCGGAGGAUCUUUAAAGAAGCUCGGAAGGAUAAAGGCCAGGAUGACUUUCUGGGGAAUGUGGUUCUAAGGUUGCAGGACCUGCGCUGCCGAGAGGACCGGUGGUUCCCGCUAGAGCCCUGCACAGAGACCUACCCAGACCGCGGCCGGUGUCACCUCCAGUUCCAGUUCAUUCACAAGAGGAGAGCCACGGCGGCCAGCCGCUCCCAGCCCAGCUACACUGUACACUUCCACCUACUGCAGCAGCUGGUGUCCCAUGAAGUCACACAGCACCAGGCCGGCAGUACCUCCUGGGAUGCGUCACUGAGUCCCCAGGCUGUCACCAUCCUCUUUCUCCACGCCACUCAGAAGGACCUGUCGGACUUCCACCAGUCCAUGGCGCAGUGGUUGGCCUACAGCCGCCUCUACCAGAGCCUGGAGUUCCCCAGCAGCUGCCUCCUGCACCCCAUCACAAGCAUAGAGUACCAGUGGAUCCAGGGCCGACUCAAAGCAGAACAGCGGGAGGAGCUGGCCACCUCCUUCACAUCCCUGUUGGCCUAUGGGCUCUCCCUCAUCCGGAAGUUCCGCUCCGUCUUUCCCCUGUCUGUCUCGGACUCCCCAUCCAGGCUGCAAUCCCUCCUCAGAGUCUUGGUCCAGAUGUGCAAAAUGAAGGCUUUUGGGGAACUGUGCCCAGACAGCGCCCCACUCUCCCAGCUGGUUUCUGAAGCUCUGCGGAUGGGCACAGUUGAGUGGUUUCACCUGAUGCAGCAACACCAUCAGCCCAUGGUACAGGGCAUCUUGGAGGCUGGCAAGGCCUUGCUAAACCUGGUACAGGAUGUCAUGGGUGAUCUGUACCAGUGUCGUCACACUUGGAACAAGAUUUUCCACAAUGUCCUCAAGAUAGACUUGUUCUCCAUGGCCUUCCUGGAGCUGCAGUGGCUGGUGGCCAAGAGGGUACGGGACCACACGGUAGCGGUUGGCAACCUUGUUUCUCCAGAUAUUGGAGAGAGCCUGUUUCAGCUGUAUGUCAGCCUGAAGGAGCUCUGCCAGCUGGGCCCUGUUCCCUCAGACAGCCGUGAAGUCCUGGCCCUGGAUGGCUUCCACCGCUGGUUUCGGCCAGCCAUCCCUUCCUGGCUGCAGAAGACUUACAGUGUCGCUCUGGAGCGGGUGCAGCGUGCCGUACAGAUGGACAUGCUGGUCCCCCUGGGUGAACUGACCAAGCACAGCACUUCUGCCGUGGACCUGUCCACCUGCUUUGCCCAAAUUAGCCACACUGCCCGGCAGCUGGACUGGCCGGACCCAGAGGAGGCCUUCAUGAUCACCGUCAAGUUCGUGGAGGACACGUGCCGGCUGGCCCUGGUCUACUGUAGCCUUAUAAAGGCCCGGGCCCGAGAGCUGUCUGCAGUUCAGAAGGACCAGGGCCAGGCAGCUGACAUGCUGUGUGUGGUGGUAAAUAACAUGGAACAACUACGGUUGAUCAUCGACAAGCUACCCACUCAGCUGGCAUGGGAGGCAUUGGAGCAGCGGGUCGGGGCCGUGCUGGAGCAGAGACAGUUGCAGAACACGUUACAUGCUCAGCUGCAGGGCGCCUUGGCAGGGCUGGGCCAUGAGAUCCGUACUGGCGUCCGUACCCUGGCAGAGCAGUUGGAGGUGGGCAUUGCCACACACAUCCAGAAACUCAUCGGCGUCAAGGAGUCUGUUCUGCCUGAGGAUAUGCAACCUUUCCUUUGUACACCACCUGUCAGCUCUAACUCAUACUCGAGGACAUCUUUUCUUCCUCCCCUGUCGUUCGGUCCUGUGUCUGGCGCCCGUCUGCCUCCGGCCAGUCUUCUGACUCUGUUGUGGACCCACACGCUUACUGUGCUGGUGGAGGUAGCCUCUUCCCAGAGUAGCUCGUCCCUGGCUUCUGGCAGGCUGAAGGUCGCCCUUCAGAACCUGGAGGUCUGCUUCCACGCUGAGGGCUGUGGCCUGCCACCAGAGGCCCUGCACACAGACACCUUCCAGGCUCUGCAGAGUGACCUGGAGCUGCAGGCUGCCUCCUGCCGGGAGCUCAUCCAGAAGUACUUCUGUAGCCGAAUCCAGCAGCAGGCCGAAACCACUUCUGAGAGGCUGGGUGCAGUCACCGUCAAGGCGUCCUACCGUGCCUCUGAGCAGAAACUUCAUGUGGAACUGCUCAGUGCUUCCAGCCUGCUGCCCCUGGACUCCAAUGGUUCCAGUGACCCCUUUGUUCAGCUGACACUGGAACCCAGACAUGAAUUCCCUGAACUGGCCCCCCGGGAGACGCAGAAGCACAAGAAGGAACUUCACCCACUCUUUGAUGAGACCUUUGAAUUCCUGGUGCCUGCUGAGCCGUGCCAAAAAGCCUGGGCAUGCCUCCUGCUCACUGUGCUGGACCACGAUAGGCUGGGAGCUGACGACCUGGAGGGAGAGGCCUUCUUACCGCUCUGCAGGGUACCUGGACUGACGGGCUGUGCAGAGCCGGGCGAAGCACCUCAAAUGCGUCUGCCCCUCACAUACCCUGCACCCAAUGGGGAUCCAAUUCUGCGGCUGCUGGAGAGCCGGAAGGGUGAUCGUGAGGCCCAGGCCUUUGUAAAGCUGAGAAGGCAGAGAGCCAAGCAGGCCUCCCAACAUGCCCCGCGACAGGGCGGUGGCAGCUGAAGCAAAGCCAGAGUCCUGAACGUUUGGGGUCUUGUCACAGGGGAGCCCUUCAUCCUGUGUAACACAGGGAGAACCAGUAGGGAGAGGGAGGGCUCAGAGGUCUUGACAGAGCAGCCCUUGGUGAUGGCUAUGAGCAGGUUUUAUCUUUUCUUGUGCCCUGGCUGUACUCACUGCCACAUUGUAGCCCAGAGGAACAUCUCCCGUCUCUGCCCCCUCCCCCCCAGAAACGCCGCUUUGGUAGGAUAGCAUAGCAUCUAGGGCCAUCUGCCUUCUGGAACUGCCAGUUCCAGCUACUGGGGUGGGGCCAGACUACUGGAAUCAGAGCUGUGGGCACAAACUUCAGGGAGGGAGGACUGUCAAAGGCAUCCUGGUGCAGGAGGGGGGUGGCCAUCCCUGAGGGAGGUGGGAAGAAGAGGCUCUGGCGCUGAGGUGAGAGCUGGCAGGAAGCAGGGUAGGCACAGAUGGACAGCCGCAGAAGGGAGUCUGGCCGUCUACAGAAUAGCCUUCCUCCCUCAGAUAGCACCUGCCACCUAGAAAUGUUCUCAGUGAAAAUAAAAAUACUAUCCACUGCCCUCGGAAAAAUCUAUAGUUGGCUUACAGUGGGCCCAGGAAGAUCUGUCAGGCCCUCUAUGCCUCCUAGAAUGCAUUGCAGCAUGCUCUACCAGUCCCCGGGGUGCACGGCCAGCACA